GUAGUCUAGCACGUGCAUGCCCUCUAUCAAGGUGGCCGUAAUAUUCAAUGCCCUCCAGUACAGACUUUACCUAUCAGCGCACACCCCGGAAGAAUGACUAUUUUACGGCGCCUGUUCCUCUUCACGCCCGGCCAGAUUUGUGUGCUUUCGGUCUCUACAAACAAAACAAUAUCGAAAUUAUAGUCCCACAGAGGAUUAAAAAAUUACAUUUAAAAAAUGAGUGUAUUUUAUCGGCGAAAGGUCCAUCUAAACGCGGUCGUACUGGUGUUGACACUCUGCGCUGUUCGCUGCUGUCAUGCGCUCAACUUGGAUGUGAGGUUUCCAGUCGUCAAAGAGGGAAAAACUGCAGGCAGUUUCUUUGGAUUUUCUGUUUCACUGCACAAACAGUUCGUUGGAGAACAGAGAUACCUACUUCUUGUAGGAGCACCUAAGGAGAAGGCGGAGUCUGGGCUGCCUGCCAAUGAGACUGGAGAUAUGUAUGCCUGUCCAAUCACAGCAGAUCCCAAAGACUGUAAAAGACUGAACCUUGUUAAAUCAAAUCCCGAUGACAUGCCAAACCCUAACAUUGAGGUAAUAGAAGGAAUGUGGCUAGGUGUGUCUGUUGCCAGUCAGAGUCAUCCAGGUGGUCGUGUAUUGGCCUGUGGUCAUCGCUACAUCCGGAACAUGUCAUCCAACUUCCGCAUGAUUGGAAAGUGCUUCAUUCGUGGAAAUAAUUUAAUGUAUGACAAGGAUGACCAUCAAUGGCAGUCACACGAUGAGGUGUGUGACCCCAUUGGAAAUAAAAACUAUGAGGGCAUGUGUCUUGCUGGAAUGUCUUCUGCCUUCACUCAGACUGAUGUCAUCCUAGGUGCUCCCGGUUGCUACAACUGGCAAGGGAAUGCAUUUUUGAAGUGGCAUGAUCCUGCAGAUGCAUGGUAUACACUGAAAAGCAAGUUUCCAGAUUCAGGGGAUAAAGGGAAUAUUUAUAUUGGUUACUCAGUAGCAGUGGAUCAUGGGAUAUUAAGCACUAAGGAAUACACAGUGGUAACAGGAGCCCCACGAUAUGAAGCCAAUGGAUCGGUGAUAAUAGCCACAUCUUUAAAAACCAGUAGCAUGCAAGGAAAACUCCAAGUCAAUAAUAUUCUCAUGGGGGAGCAAACUGGAUCCUAUUUUGGCAACAGCAUUGCUCUGGUGGAUCUUAACAAUGACGGCUGGAAGGAUCUGAUUGUUGGAGCACCCUUUUAUUUUGAGCGGAGUAAACUUGAAGGUGGGGCGGUGUAUAUCUAUAUGAACCAGAAUGGAGCUUUUCCCCAAAAAGCCGACCUGGCCCUCCAUGGGUCUAAAGACUCUGCCUUUGGCAUGGCUGUUGUUGCUAUCGGUGAUGUUAACCAGGACGGUUUCCUAGAUUUUGCUGUUGGGGCUCCAUAUCAUGAGUCAGGCAUGGUGUCUGUAUGGAUGGGCAACAAGAAUGGCAUAUCACACACGCCUAGUCAGGUCAUUGAGGGGAAAGAUAUCGCAGGUGCUGGAUUCCAGACAUUUGGUUAUUCCAUCAGUGGUGGCUUGGAUGUGGACAGCAACAGUUACCCUGAUAUAUUGGUUGGAUCAUUAGAUGACCGUGUGGUUCUGCUUAGGGCCCGUCCAGUGAUUCACCUAAAGAAGACUUUUACUGUGACACCAGAAGUUAUUGACCCCAAUGAUUGUGAUUCCUGUAUAAAGGCAACAAUCUGUCUCUCCUACACACUAAGCACUGGCAGUACCAGUUCCCAGAAGAGUAUUACUUUUCAAUAUACAGUAGAUGCUGAUCCGUAUCAUCGGAGUCCUCGUGUUCGUUUCCGUGACAACAGAGAGGGCAGAAUGUCCGUUAAUCCGUCUGGUGAAUGUCGUUCUUUGACUCUCGAGCUUGUGUCCAAGACCAUUCAAGACAAAGUGGCUCCGAUAGUUUUUUUGCUGAGCAUAUCUUUGGUGGAACCUCCUCCGUCAGCCGGAGCGGCGGUGGAAGAUCUCGGUGCUUUUCCUGUGAUCAGCCAGAAGGAAGUUCUGACAGGCAGGACUGAGAUUCACAUUCAGAAAGCAUGUGGACCGGAUAACAAAUGCGAGAGCAACCUUCAAACGACGGCUGUGUACACAGAUGAGCAGAACAGACCGUUUCCCACGCAGGAUGGCCGGCAGGUUUUCCUCUACACGGCUGAAGUGAAGAAGCUGAGGUUGAUGGUAAUUGUAACCAACUUUCCAUCAGAGGACAGGAGAGCAGAAAAUGCUUACAGCGCUGUUUUAAAUGUCACUAUUCCCACCUCACUCAGCUUCUCUAGUCUGAGCCCCAAGAACUUGAGUGUUGAGUUAUCUCCUGAAGGGCCUUUUCUUCUGUGUACACUGGGAGAUCCUUUCAAAAGCAGUCAGAAGGUGGAGAUUGAGAUCACCUUCGAAACAACGGGAAUCACGAUAGAUAUGCUGGAGAUUCAGACCGAGCUGCAACUCUCAACGCGGAGUGAUCAAAAUGAUCUACAGCCCCUGUCGAGAGUGCUGAUGGUGGAGUACAUCCUGCGGCCUACCUUUCUUGUAUCCCCCAUCCAGUUUAGGACAGAAUUCAGUGGCAAAGUCGUGGGGGAAUCGGCUAUGAAAUCCACCAGCGAUAUGGGAAGCCCAGUGGAAUUCAACUUCACGGUGGGGCUUUCAGGAAAACCUCUUUCAGGAAAUCUGGGCCAUCUAGAAAUGGUCUUUCAGUGGCCUUAUGCAGUGGCCAAUGAGAAGUGGGUACUUUACCUGUCAGAGAUCCAGAUGACAGGAACAUCCCAACCCUCUUGUGUCCCUGCAGGAAACAUCAUUAACCCUCUCAAUAAAACAGUGUCAGAGCACAAGUCUGGAAGGAAAAAGAGAGACGAGACCUCCAUUGAAUCUGACCUAUCUGAGCCACAGGCCUCUCUUAUCCCACGGGGCAUCCACAGGAGAACUGUCAACCUGGAUUGUACCACAGGUACUGCACUCUGUCAAACCUUUACCUGCCCCCUGCUAGACAUGAACACCUCAGCCACACUCACUGUCAGAGCACGCUUGUGGAACAGCACCAUGCUUGAGGACUAUCCUGCUGCAAGGGUAUUAGUAAUUGGUAAUGCCACUUUGAGUUUAAAAACAGACAAAGCUACCAUCAAGAUGAUCAACGACACCCGUGAGUUCACAGUAGUUAUAGAUCCCGCACUGGCUGAAGAACUGGCAUAUGAAGCGCCUAUGUGGAUUAUCAUUGUGUCUGUGCUGGCAGGAGUGAUGCUGCUAGGUCUGAUUGUCAUUCUCUUAUGGAAGAGUGGAUUUUUUAAGCGCGCUGCCAAUUUCCACACUUUGCAGAAACACCACGCAGUGAAGAUUAGUAAGACGGAACAGUACCAGUUAAAUGAGGGCUUUUUGAUCAUUGACAGCAAGAAGAAACACUGGAUCACAAGCUGGACAGACAACAAACAGUACUACUGAUGAAAGUGCUCUGAUACUGUCUCUCAAAGACAGAAGACUUUAGAGAACAUUUGUUUUUAGAAAUCAAUACAACUCUGUUUGAUUUGAUAUGAGCUUUGUCUGGAUCCCAGAUACAAUUAACCCAAAGAGAGUUGUGAGGAUGCAAACCGUUUGUUUGUUUUGUUACCGUUUCUUAAAGUGACAGUUAAGCCAAAAAUGAAAAUUCUGUCAUCAUUUACUUGGCACUCGCGUCAAUUCAAACCUGUAUGGCUUUCUUUCUCCUGGAGAACACAAAAGAAGAUAUUUUGAAGAAUGUUGGCAACCGAAACAACACCGGUACCCAUUAACUUGCAUUGGUUUUGUGUCCGUACAAUAGAUGUGAAUGAGUACCGGAGCUGUUCGUUUACCAACUUUCUUCAAAAUCUUCUUUUGUGUUCUGCAGAAGAAAGACAGUCAUAAAGGUUUGAAAUGACAAGAGGGUGAGUAAAUGAUUGAAUUUUCAUUUUUAGCUGAACUAUCACUUUAACGGAAGACAUAUCAGUGUAUGCUGUACUGCUACCGCAUUUGAUUUUCUUUCGUUUGCCUUUAACUCUGUGAGGAUUUGUACAUUCUGUGCUUGAAGUGUUGUAUUUUCUCUUGAGAUUUUCUACCAAAACUGUUAUGGCCAUUUAUGACUCAUUCUUUCAUUCCUCUGUUUCUUGAUUUAUGGAUUUUAAUGGACUUUAUCAGCCAUUAGUUGGAUUUUUAUCUUGCAUCAGGUCAUGAAACAUUGAUGGCUUCAAAAAGUCCUCAUAUUUGCUAACAGCAAACUAACAAAAAGAUAGUGCUCCAAUUGUGAAUGCUAAUCAUGUCAUUUGCAGAACAGAAAACAAACAAAAAUAUUCCUCGCGUAUGCAGUUGGGACCUCAUCUCAAACACGGCUUGUUUCAGCUUCAUUCUGAUUUCCACUGGGCUUUAUAUUGUUCUCAGCUUCUUAUCCCUUUUCACAGAAUUUCACACUCAAGGUUUUGAAUAUAUUUUAGGCUUUUUUAUAUAUGUGUGUGAUGAAAAGGUAUUUGUCCAAAUAGUAACAUUGUUUUGACCUGUCCUGACUUUGUGGAUGUAAUGUUUUACACAGUGAUUUAUUUUUGUAUUUAAAACUAAAUGUGUUAUCAAUUAAGUGGCUGUUUACAAGCCUGCCAUGUGUUUAAGUAAUUCAUGUGCUCUUAUUGUCAAUAAACUGUAAAGACAG